CCACAAGUGAUAAAAGUUAUCAAAUUUAUUAUUGGUUUGUUUGUUUAUCUUUGUACCUAGUUCCGUUAAUUAUUAAAUAAAAUAGGUUUAGUUCCGCUAUUAUUGCUAGAUAGAGUAUGUUGGAUUUAGAAUUUGACUAUUUUUUUGAAGAAGACAAAAUAUAAGCGUUGUACUUAAAUCUGUUAUUACAAGAUGGCAACGUCCGAAAACGAAGAUCUACUAAAUUUUUUGGAAAAAACUGAAGAUGCGUCUUCAUCGGAACAACCCAAAGAAGUAUAUUUGGGUACUCCAGAAUUGGAAGUUAUCCAAUUUGAUUUGACACUUGUUGACAGGUAUCAUCGAGAAAAUACAAUGGGAAUGACGGUUACAUCGGGCAGUGUCACCAUAAGAAAAGAUGAUAAUAACCUGAUUGGUAUCAGCAUUGGUGGCGGAUCGCCUUUAUGUCCUUGUUUAUAUAUUGUUCAAAUUUUUGACAACACAGCUGCAGCAAAAGAUGGCACCUUGCAAUCAGGAGAUGAACUGGUUUCCGUGAAUGGUCAAUCUGUAAAAGGAAAAACAAAAGUUGAAGUAGCGAAAAUGAUUCAAGCUGCAAAGGAUGAAGUUAUUAUUAAUUAUAAUAAGUUACACGCUGAUCCUGGUCAAGGUAAAAGCUUGGAUAUCAUCAUGAAGAAAAUGAAACAUCGGCUGGUCGAAAAUAUGAGUUCCUCAACGGCCGAUGCCUUGGGUCUAUCCAGAGCAAUUCUGUGUAACGAUACCUUAGUAAAGAAAAUGCAAGAACUGCAAGACACCGAAGUUAUGUAUAGGGGACUUGUUGACCACUGCAAAAGAAUGCUGCAAGCUCACAUGGAGCUGCAGCAGGCAGUUAAGGCGAUGGGGGAUAUUUUUUCUGGAAUAGCAGUAAGGGAACCUCAACCUCGAGCAAGCGAAGCAUUUAGAUUAUUUGGUGAACAACAUCGUAGUAUUGAAAAAAUGGGUUUAGAGAUGGUAAAAAAAGUAAAACCAGUACUUUCAGAUGUUGGAACAUAUCUUUACAAAGCGAUUCCAGAUACAAGACUUACAGUAAAAAAAUACGCUGAUACCAAAUUUGAAUAUCUAGCGUAUUGUUUGAAAGUUAAAGAAAUGGACGACGAAGAAUGUAGCUACGCUGCCUUACAAGAGCCGCUAUAUAGAGUUGAAACUGGAAACUAUGAAUACAGGUUAAUUUUACGAUGUAGACAACUCGCCAGAUCAAGAUUUGCUAAAUUGAGAGCAGAUGUAUUGGUUAAAAUGGAAUUGCUGGACAACAAACAUGUGCAAUCGCUUGGAGGUCAUUUGGUUAAAGUCAUAAAGGGUUUGACAGAGCUGCAUACAAGAACUGUAGAAUUACUAAAUGGACCUGCGCUGUUUCCGGUUGAAGUCGACUUAACCACUAACGCUUUUCAAUAUAAAUCUACAACCCCUGUAGCACAGUACAAUGACGAUGACAAAGAAGUCGAGGAAGGGGAAGAAAUAUUGGAUAUUGAACGUGACGACUUCAUCGCAAACUUUAGUGUACCUAGUGCAUCAAAUGAACUUGAAGGUAAUUUUAUUGGACGAGACCUUUCACAUCUUAUACAAUGUGCUAUACAAAGAGAGCAAGACGAGGAAGAGAUGGACAACUUGACACUUUUAUCUUCCCUGUGUUUACAAGAUACUCCCCAAAAUAAGCCUCUAUUGCCAGACUUGGAUUAAUUCUCACUUGAAUGAAUUAACAUAUUGUAGGUACUUGGCACUUGGCAUAAAAAAUAUAUGUAAUAUAUUAUAUUAUCGUGUUGUUUAACAACAGUAAAUUUAUAUUAAAUUUUAUUAAACAUACAUAA